CCUCUCAGCUGCACCGGCGCGCUGCAUGUGGACGUGAAAUGACCGGCUGCAGAUGGUCAUUUUUUAUUUUUUAUUCUAAAACAGUUCUUUUACGGGGGGAGCUGAAUUUAAAUCUGUGAUCCUGUACGCAUCACAGAUUCUUUGAGGAGUUGAUGGUGCUUUUUCUUAGGUGACUUCGUGGUGUCAAACUGCGAAAAUGGACGCAAAGAAAGAUGCUCCUCCCGGGGGCGAUGCAGGCAAAUCAGACACCCUCGGUUCAACUGGCUCAGCCAGGAAAAGGGGAGGGGGGGCCAAGAAGGCAAUGCAGGCGAACAAGUCUGCCCUCAGGGCCCCCCGAGCACUUUGCUGCCUCACACUGAGCAACCCAAUCCGCAUGGCAGCGCUGGCUCUGGUGGAGUGGAAGCCGUUCGAUAUUUUUAUUCUACUUGCCAUUUUUGCCAACUGUGUGGCCAUGGGCGUCACAAAGCCGUACCCAGAUGAUGAUUCCAACGCCACCAAUCACCAACUUGAACAAGUUGAAUAUGUCUUCCUCGUCAUCUUCACCGUUGAGACCUUCACAAAAAUUCUCGCCUACGGUUUAGUCAUGCACCCCAGCGCCUACAUACGCAGCGGAUGGAACUUGCUUGAUUUCAUUAUCGUCAUUGUCGGGUUGUUCAGUGUGAUGGCGGAGGGCGCGACGGAUCAUAAGCCAGGAGAGGCCCAUCAUGCUGCAGGGAAACCUGGAGGUCUGGAUGUGAAAGCUCUCAGGGCUUUCAGGGUGCUGCGACCUCUUCGUCUUGUAUCUGGAGUGCCAAGUCUGCAGAUUGUAUUGAACUCCAUCAUGAAAGCCAUGGUCCCCCUUCUCCACAUCGGUAUGCUCGUCAUGUUUGUUAUCAUAAUCUACGCCAUCAUCGGCUUGGAGCUUUUCAUCGGCAGGAUGCACAAGACGUGUUACGACAUGAGCACAGGUCUCAUGGUAGAGGAUGAUCCAUCACCUUGUGCAUUUGCUGGAAGUGGGCGUUUUUGUGUCACCAACGGGACUGAGUGCAGGGGCAAAUGGGAGGGCCCCAAUGGUGGGAUCACAAACUUUGACAACAUUUUCUUUGCCAUGCUGACAGUUUUUCAGUGCAUCACUAUGGAGGGUUGGACAGAUGUGCUCUACUGGAUGAAUGAUGCCAUUGGUUUUGAGAUGCCAUGGAUUUACUUUGUUUCUUUAGUCAUUUUUGGAUCAUUUUUUAUCAUCAAUCUUGUAUUGGGUGUGUUGAGCGGAGAGUUCUCUAAAGAAAGAGAAAAGGCUGUGGCACGUGGUGAGCUGCAGAAAGCGCAGGAGAGCAAACAAAUGGAGGAGGACAUGAUCGGCUACAUGGACUGGCUCAUAGAAGCAGAGGAUGUGGACGAAGAAGGAAAUAAACGUGCUGCAAUCGCAAAGAAAAAGAUGAUGAAAAAGUUUGGCUGGUACAAGCACAGCGAGGAUGGAGGAGAGUCCGACUCUGAUGAUGAUAUUGCAUACCUUGAUGAUGACAAUGGCUUCUGUGCUUCCCUCAUGGCAAAGAUGAUGGCCAAUAGCUUCUGUGACCAGCUCUGCCAGCUCAAUCAUACUUUAAGAAAGAACUGCCGCAUUGCAGUCAAGACAACAAACUUCUACUGGUUGGUGCUGCUGCUGGUGUUCCUCAACACUGUGGCGAGUGCCUCGGAGCAUUAUGGACAGCCCAAAUGGCUCACAGAAAUGCAAGAGCGAGCAAAUAAGAUCCUACUGCUGCUGUUCACUCUGGAGAUGCUGAUGAAGAUGUACGCCUUCGGUCUUCAGAUCUAUUUCAUGGCGCUGUUCAACCGCUUUGAUUGCUUUGUGGUGUGUGGUGGCAUUCUGGAGACACUGCUCGUAGAAAUGGACUUCAUUCCGCCCAUCGGCAUCUCCGUGCUGCGCUGCAUCCGACUGCUCAGGAUAUUCAAGAUGACUCGGCACUGGGCCGCCCUCUCUGAUCUGGUCACGUCACUGCUCAACUCCAUGAAAGCUAUCUGCUCCCUUCUGCUCCUGCUUUUCCUCUUCCUCAUCAUCUUCGCUUUGCUGGGUAUGCAGUUGUUCGGGGGCAAAUUCAACUUUGAUGAGACUCAGAUGAAGAGAAGCACCUUUGACUCGUUUCCUCAGGCUCUGCUGACGUGUUUCCAGAUCCUCACCGGAGAGGAUUGGAACGCCGUCAUGUAUGAUGGCAUCAUGGCAUACGGAGGGCCGAUCUUCCCUAACAUGGUGGUGUGCAUAUACUUUGUCAUCCUCUUUGUCUGUGGUAACUACAUCCUGCUCAAUGUCUUCUUGGCUAUCGCUGUGGACAACUUGGCGGGGGGUGGUGGAAAGAAAAAAGUCGAAGAGAAAAAGGAGGAGGAAGAAGAAUGGGAUGAGGAUGAAGAGAAGGAGGAUGAGGAUGCAGGGAAUGAAGAGGAUGACUGGCAGGAAAAUGAGGAGCUGAGAGCCAUCGAGGGACUAGAGGGAGUUGCUCCGUUAAAGCCAGAAUUUUCUGGGCCCAAAGAGAAGAUUGUACCAAUUCCCGAUGGAAGUUCCUUCUUCAUCCUCGGAAAGAAAAACUGUUUGCGAGUCGCCUGUCACAACUUCAUUCACCACCCCUACUUCACCAACUUCAUCCUCAUCUUCAUCAUCCUCAGUAGUAUUUCACUGGCUGCUGAGGAUCCCAUCAAAUCCCACUCAUUCAGGAAUAUUGUUCUUGGAUACGCAGAUUAUGUCUUCACUUCAGUUUUCACAGUGGAGAUCGUACUGAAGAUGACUGUUUACGGAGCUUUUCUGCACACCGGCUCCUUCUGCAGGAACGCCUUCAACCUCCUCGACCUGCUGGUUGUCAGUGUGUCACUCACAUCUUUUUUUCUACAUUCAAGCGCGAUCUCCGUGGUGAAGAUUCUCCGAGUUCUUCGGGUUCUCAGGCCUCUUCGAGCCAUUAACAGAGCCAAAGGUCUAAAGAACGUGGUGCAGUGUGUGUUUGUGGCCAUUCGCACCAUCGGAAACAUCUUGAUUGUCACAACGCUCCUUCAGUUCAUGUUUGCUUGUAUCGGAGUGCAGCUUUUCAAGGGCCGAUUCUUCAGCUGCACAGACGAAGCCAAGCACACUCCUUAUGAGUGCAAGGGAACGUUUGUGGUCUACAAAGACGGCGACAUGAACCAUCCCAUGGUUAAAGAGCGGGUUUGGGAAAACAAUGACUUCAACUUCGACAAUGUGCUGAUGGGCAUGUUGGCGUUAUUCACUGUGUCGACGUUUGAAGGCUGGCCACUGCUCUUGUAUCGCGCGGUGGACGCCCACGCCAUAAACCGAGGCCCCAUUUACAACAACCGAGUAGAAAUCUCCAUAUUUUUCAUCAUCUACAUCAUCAUCAUCGCCUUCUUCAUGAUGAACAUCUUUGUGGGUUUCGUCAUCAUCACAUUUCGAGAGCAAGGAGAGGCCGAGUUCAAAAACUGCGAACUCAACAAAAAUCAGCGUCAGUGUGUGUAUUACGCACUGAAAGCUCAACCCAUCAAGAUUUACAUUCCCAAAAACCCAUCCCAGCUCAAAUUCUGGAGAAUCAUUAAUUCCAGCCAGUUUGAGUAUAUCAUGUUUGUGCUUAUUCUGGGAAACACACUCACUCUGGCUGUUCAGCAUUACGAGCAGUCCAAGCUGUUCACCUCCAUCAUGGACAUCCUCAACAUGAUCUUCACUGUGGUUUUCACUAUAGAGAUGAUUAUCAAGCUGAUGGCUUUGCGGGCUCAUCACUAUUUUAUUGAUCCUUGGAAUUCAUUUGAUGCGUUGAUUGUGGUGGGAAGCGUGUUGGACAUCGCUGUGUCUGAGUUUAGUGGAGGAGGCGGCCACGGGGAGGGUGGAGGGAAAGAAGAAAAAGGAAAAGUGUCCAUCACGUUCUUCCGUCUAUUCAGAGUGCUGAGGUUGGUGAAACUGCUCAGCAAAGGAGAGGGAAUUCGAACUCUUCUCUGGACUUUUGUCAAGUCCCUGCAGGCCUUGCCUUAUGUCGGCCUCCUCAUCGCCAUGAUCUUUUUCAUCUAUGCUGUGAUCGGCAUGCAGAUGUUUGGGAAAGUGGCUGUUGAUGACAACACACACAUCAACAGAAACUGCAACUUCCAGACUUUUUUCAUGGCAGUUCUGGUCCUCUUUAGGUGUGCCACAGGUGAGCAGUGGCAGGAGAUCAUGUUGGCGGCUCUGCCCGGCAGACGCUGCGACCCAGAAGCUGACAUUGAGCCUGGCGAGGAGUUCACCUGUGGCAGCAAUUUGGCCUACCUCUACUUCAUCAGCUUCUUUAUGCUCUGUGCUUACCUGAUUAUCAACUUGUUCAUUGCUGUCAUCAUGGACAACUUUGAAUAUCUUACAAGAGACUGGACUGUGCUUGGCACUCACCACUUGGACGAGUUCAAGAGAGUUUGGUCUGACUAUGACCCAGAGGCCACCGGUCGCAUUAAGCACAUCGAUGUGGUCACCAUGUUACGCAGAAUUCAGCCUCCUCUUGGUUUUGGAAAGCUAUGCCCUCAUCGUGUUGCUUGCAAAAGGCUGGUUGCCAUGAAUGUCCCGCUGCACCCUGACGGGACAGUCACCUUCAAUGCUACUCUAUUUGCUCUUGUUCGAACCUCACUCAAAAUCAAGACUGAAGGCCCCAUUGAUCAGCAGAACGAAGAGCUGAAGAUUAUAAUUAAGAAGCUCUGGAAACGCACCAAGCCUAAACUCAUUGAUGAAAUAAUACCGCCCCCUAGAGGUGAUGAAGUGACUUGUGGAAAGGUUUAUGCAAGUUUCUUAAUUCAAGACUACUUUAAAAAGUUCCGCAAGAGGAAAGAGCGGGAGAGGAAAUCUAAGAAGAAGGACAAGGCAGCUGCUCUGCAGCAAGGGCUGCGCACGCUGCAGGACCUGGCUCCAGAGAUGCGUCUGGCCAUGGCCUGUGACCUGGAAGAAGAAGAGGCCACAGAGGGAGAGAUGACAGGCGAUGAGAUAUUCGACAGUGAACCAGGAACUUCGGUAAACACCACGCCCGCAAGCACACCGAUGCCCCCUAUCGACAUGCUGGUGGAGCAGACGGCUGUGUUUAUUGAACCAGAGCCUAAGAUCACCAACGGGGGAGUGAUCACCCAGCAAGUGAUGGGCUUACAGGAGCACGAGAGACCGGGAUCAGAGCUGGCUGGGAUCAGCAUUGUAACAGAGCAGCCUGAGAGAUCUGAACCCCUGCCCAUCAGAAUGGACUCCAUCUGUGAAACGCCACUUCCUCCUCCCCCGGAAAUAUUAGUGGAAGAAGAAAUUGUAGUUCAAGAAGCAGUCAGUGUCACUGCAGACGAAUCAGCUGAGCAGUUUUACAGCAGUGAAGUCGAUGCUGCAAGUCUUGCAUCAGUAGACCCAUAUGUAUAUCCAGACGCUACAUCUCCUGUUCCAACUGAGACAGGCUACAAUAGCCAGAGUUUGGACAGAACCAGCAGCAUAGGAGAAAUACCCUACGAUGCUCAUGAUGCCAAUGGCUUUGUUAGCAAUGAUUACACAGACAACAACAUAAAUGAAGAGAGUGUUACUGAAAGUCCCACUCCCUACACGACAAAUGGAUAUAACAGUAAUGGAGAUGCAGGAUACUAUGACAACGGUAGCGUUAUCAGUGCUAACGGUAAUGGGAGCGCAAUGAAUGGCUGCAAUGAAAAUGGUAGCGCUGUCAGCGGUUACAACGAGAACGGUGGCACCCAGUUUGUCAGGAGACGGCUACUUCCUGCCAUACCAAAAGGCCAUAAGCCUGCCUUUAACUUCCAGUGUCUGAGGCCACAGAGCAGUGUGGACAACCUCCCCAUCCCUGGAAACUAUUAUGGAAACACGUCUCCAACCAGAUCCCGCCUGCAGAACCAGCACAGCCUGGACUCGCGGCCAAGCAGCGUGUCUUCCAUGUCCUCCACCUCCUGGGUGAACACGGGAGCAGCUGGCACCACUCCUCUCCCAGGAAUAAUUGCCCCCUCAGGACGCAGGGGCAAGCUCAUCUACACUCCCAUGAUUCUGGUGGAUGAAGCGACGGGUACCAGUCAGCCGCUGUGGAACGACGGCUCUGCUAGCCUUCCAGCAGGAAGGCGUCCCGGCUGGUACCCUGGUCAGACCAGGACCUUCACCAGUGUGAGGAUGCCACCUUCAGUCAACCAAGGUUUUGUAAACAAAGGCAGCGCAGACAGCCUGGUCGAGUCGAUCCUAAUCUCUGAGGGUCUCGGGGUCUAUGCUAGAGACCCAAAGUUUGUGAACUUUGCCAAGCGGGAGAUAGCCGAAGCCUGCCACAUGAGCCUGGAUGAGAUGGAGAACGCUGCUGCCGACCUGAUAGCGCGCGGAACCAGUCAGACACUUUCCCGCUUCGAGGACGAACUCGCCGACGAAAUGAACUGCGUGAUUUCUUACUGAGAUAAUAAAAGAAACAAAGACAUUGAUGUAGGAAGUCAAUGAGCGAGAAAAAGGCUAAUUUUCAUGAAGUGCGUGUUCAUACGAUUGUGAAGAAGGGCAACCAUCCUGCAAAGGAGAUGUCUUAUAUACCUUCAUUUUUGAAUGCCAAAUUACACGCACAAGAAUUUUAAAAGCACAUGUGACUCUCUCUGAAGUGUCUGAUGAACAUUUUGUGAUUCAGAGAGGAGUCUCUGGGUGUGAAAUCAAGCUAAAUUUCUCAGCAACAUGAUGACAAAGAGCCAUCUUUUUUCUGUUGUAUUCUCAUUCUGUGCCGUACUGGAAUUGUCAUCACUUUACACAUCUGUGUGCUCAGUUCCAGUUAAGGCAAAUAAACUGUAAAUAAGAAUAUAUUAAACUAUCCUUAAAUACAGAUGAUGAGAUACAAAACAGCAUUAGCUAUUUUAGAGAAAUAUUUAAGUAAAUUAAAUAUCCUCUAAGAUGCAAACAUGUAGCAAAAAAUGUAAAAUGUUUUUGACUCGAGACUGUUUUUGACUGAGUGGCUGUACAGAGUGUACAAAUAAAGUCUGUUUUCUUAAAUGUAUGUUUAAUUUAAUAGUGAUCAGUUUGUUCCGUGGAGUGAACUUCACCACAAAGGGGUUUUUGUGUAAAUUUCUUCAAACGGAUGUUUAAAACCACAGUAAAAUAUCCGUGAAUUGCAUAAUCCGCAAUUAAUGGACCAGCAGAUGGACGACAUCUGUUUUCACUUCCCCUUUUAAAGAAAAGACGUGUGCAAAACAAUAAGCUCCAUGUGUCUAUUGUUCUUUGUCGUAGUGGUGUGAGCUUGACUCUAAAAUGUAGAAUUUUAUAUUUCGUUUACCUAAUUUAUAUUUUCAAGUUCAUAGUAAAGUCCAGUCAGGUGAAUCGAGCCAGUAAUCAAAGAUGCAGCUCUGGAAACGGAGGUACCUCCAGAAAAGGACAGAAAAGAAAAAAACUAUGCUGAAAAAGCUUAACAUUGUUGGGGAAUAUGAGUUCAAGGUGG